AUGAGAAGUGAUAUGGUGAAUGUAAAUGAAGAAAAUAUUAUAAAUAUAGAAGAGCAAGCUGAAGAUAAGAAUAAGACUGAAGUGAUCUUGAAUAAUGAAAAGCCAACUGAUGAUGAGAACAGUGAAAAUGUUAAGAUAGAUAAAAAGGAGAAAGAAAAGAGUGGUGUAGAAUCUGAUGUUAAGAUAGAUAAUAAGGAGAUAGAAAAGAGUGGUGUAGUAUCUGAUAAUGAGAAGGAAAAUAUAAAUACCAAAAUCCUGUUAAACAAAAGUGUUAUGGAAAGUGGAACAGAGGAUAAAAAUAUUGGAAAAGAGGAAUUGAAUGAAGGGUUUAAGAAGGUAGAUGUAAAAUGUGAUGAUAGACAAGUGUUGAUGAAUAAAAGUAAGAACAGGGACAAGAAAGAGGAAAAUAAAGUUGACGAAAAUGUAAAAGAAAAUAGCGAGGAUGUAUACAUUAUAAAGACAAAGAUGGUAUACAAAAUCAAAAGUGAUGAACAUCAGCAGAGUAUAAAGAAGCACAAACACAAGAGAAAAAGGAAGAGACAUCAUGAAAACGAAAAGAGAAACGAUCGUAUAAAGACACAGAAGACAGACACUGAAAAUAAAGAAAAUAAUUAUACGGACACAAGUGAAGACAAACAUGUUAAAAGAAAAUCAAAAUCAGAAUAUGAAGUCAGUGACAAUAACAUAAUGAAGGAGUGUUUUGUACCAGUAAAAUAA